AUGACCCACGAUGCCGCCGAGUGCGCUAAUCUGCGCGACCAAUGGCUCUACGCGCCGAUACACUAUUCGUCCUCCUCGUCUGUCAUGGCGCCCCUAUUUGCGAACCAGAGCUGCGAUCCCUUUCAGCCUCCGGCAGGCCCCUGUAUACUGGGUAACUACGUGCGAUACGCCGUCAACGCGACUGGUACCAGUGACGUUGUGUCUGCACUUGCUUUUGCCGAGGAACACAAUAUCCGAUUCGUGAUUCGAAAUACGGGACAUGAUUUUCAAGGUCGAUCGACUGGUGCUGGCACGCUUUCUGUGUGCACGCAUAAUAUGAAGCGUAUCAAGGUCCUGGACUGGAAUGAUGCGUAUUAUAAUGGCAAGGCACUUACAGUCGGCGCUGGUGUGCAAGGCUUCGACGCGCUAGAGGUGGCACAUGCUGCUGGUCUUACUGUCGUCUCGGGCGAGUGUCCGACAGUUGGUCUAGCUGGAGGGUAUACACAAGGAGGCGGUCACUCUGCUCUCAGCACCGUCUUUGGCCUGGGUCCUGACAAUACUCUCUCGUUUGAUGUUGUCACGCCGACCGGUCAGCUUAUCACGGCCUCACGUACUGAGAACCAGGAUCUAUACUGGGCUUUAAGCGGAGGUGGCAGCGGUAACUAUGGUAUUGUCAUCUCUAUGACUGUCCGCGCACAUCCUGAUUCUAGGGUCAGCGGCGCCGAGUUUACCAUUUCCGCGUCUGGGGAUAAGCUGUACGAUGCGGUUGAUGCCUUCCACAGUGCAUUGCCUAACAUUGUUGACUCUGGCGUUAUGGUUCUCUACUUCUUUGGGGAAGGAUUCUUGCAGCUCUCUGCUAUGACGGCCUAUAACAAGACCAAAGCUGAGGCAGAGCAGAUUCUCCAGCCCUUUGUCAAUUCUCUAGAUAAUAUUGGCAUUGCGUUAACGCCUAACUUUACCGAGUACCCAAGCUACCGGCAGCACUAUGAUCAUUAUUGGGGACCUCUCCCUGUGGGCAAGACUCAGGUGGGCAACACGCUCUUUGGCGGCCGCCUGAUACGGCGUUCUGUGCUUCCUGACUUCUCCCCAACUUCCCGCAAGCUUAUCGACAUGGGCGUCACCUUUAUCGGCGUGGGUCUCAACGUGUCUCAUUUCGGCCUAGACAACGCCAAUGCAGUGCUACCUCAGUGGCGCAACUCGAUAGUCCACGCGGCACUCACGUUGCCUUACAGCUUCCAGGCGCCGUUUGAGUCGAUGGUUGCUCAGCAGGACAAGAUUACCAAUGAGGUUCAGCCCGUUAUUGAAGCUACUACGCCAGGCGCUGGCGCGUAUAUCAACGAGGCUGAUUUCCAGCAGAAGGACUGGCAGGAGACCUUCUUUGGAUCUAACUAUCCGAAGUUGCUGGAAAUUAAGCAAAAGUAUGAUCCGAACGGCUUGCUCUAUGAUCGGAUUGCUGUGGGUAGUGAGAAGUGGACUGUCCACACCGAUGGGAGGAUGUGCCGAAGCGGGUACUGA